GUGCGGACCUGCGUGGGAAUGGCUGUUCGUGCGAUCGAAGGGGCUGGGCCGCUCGGAGCGAGCGGUGAGCUGCACGAGUUUGAAAUGUCCGCCAUGUUGGCCAUGGCGCGUUGAACCGGGAACAGCAGCGGAGCGUAGGAGCGACCGAGACCGAUAGAGAGCGACCGAGACCCGGGCCCACCCGGCUCUGUUCGCGCUGCCACGGACCGAGCCUGCCCUCAGACGACCGGCUCACCGAGACCACAGCGUCCUCCAUGAGAACUCGAAGCAGACCUGCUGUUAAUCCGAGCACAUCCAACAGAUUUAUGCUGCGUCCUUCAUUAUAAACAUGAGUAAACUGUCGUUUCGGGCGCGGGCGCUGGAUGCUUGUAAGCCCCUGCCCGUUUUCCGCUGCGAGGAUCUGCCCGACCUGCACGAGUAUGCCUCCAUCAACCGGGCAGUGCCGCAGAUGCCGACUGGGAUGGAAAAAGAGGAGGAAUCGGAGCACCAUCUCCAGCGGGCGAUUUCGGCACAGCAGGUGUAUGGAGAGAAGCGGGACAGCAUGGUUAUCCCCGUCCCCGAGGCAGAGUGCAACAGCACGCACUACGAGUCCCUCUACCCCGGGGAGUUCAAAAUGCCAAAGCAGCUUAUUCACAUACAGCCUUUCAGUUUGGAUGCAGAGCUGCCAGACUACGACCUAGAUUUAGAGGAUGACACAUUUGUGAAUAAGCUGAAGAAGAAAGUGGAGAUCACCCUCUUACAGUUUGAAGACAUGAUCGAUCGACUGGAGAAAGGCAGCGGACAGCAGGUACUGUCACUCUGGGGGGAUGCCAUCAAAUGA